ACCUCUACUAGUACUCUUAUAUAUGUUAAAUGAGAACUUAUCCAAAAGGUCUAGGUUGUAGAAUUGAUGAACUUAUCUCAUUUUAGUAUAUUUUUGUUCAUUUUGUUAUGACUUAAUACAAAAUCCUAACAGAGUGAUUGAAAUAGGCUAAUACAUAUUGCAAACUUUUUAACUUUGGGGAACAUUACAAAAGCCACGAUAGCUUGGAGGCGUAAAUGAAAUUUCCCUAAAUCCAAAUAGAGUUUAAAUCCUAAUAUCCAGUUAAAAUUCACUCCCAAUUAGAUAUUGCAUGUUUCUAAAUCCUGAUCGAUAUCUAAUUACUCCCGGCCAUGCAUGCAUGAUAUGGAACUCAGAUAUGUUUAGCGGCUUCAUGGAUGAAAAGACGGGUACAUUCAGGAAAAGCAUACACGCGAAUUUCAAAGGAAUGCUCGAGCUUUUGGAGGCCUCGUACUUGGCUUUAGAAGGAGAAAACAUCCUGGAUGAGGCCAAACAACUCUCAACUGCAAUUCUCAAAGAAAACACUUGUAAUUUGGACGGAAACCUUGCCAAACAAGUAGCCCAUGCUUUGGAGCUUCCAGCACAAAGGAGAGUGCAGUGGUUUGACGUCAAAUGGCACAUCAAUGUUUAUGAGAAAGACAGGCACAUGAACCCCAUUCUACUUGAAUUUGCUCAACUUAAUUUCAACAUAAUUCAAGCCACUCUUCAAAAAGAUCUAAGGGAACUUUCCAGGUGGUGGAGGAAUCUGGGUCUCACAGAGAACUUGAAUUUCGCAAGAGACAGACUGGUCGAAAGUUUCAUGUGCUCAGUUGGGUUAGGGUUCGAACCUCGGAACAAAUGUUUGAGAAAGUGGCUUUCUAAAGUCAUUAAUCUCAUAUUAGUAAUUGAUGAUGUUUACGAUGUUUAUGGCACAUUGGAAGAACUAACGCAUUUCACCAAUGCCGUAAAUAGUUGGGAUGUCAGGGAAACUCAAGAGCUUCCAGAGUGCAUGAAGAUUUGCUUCUUAGCACUAUACAAUACAACCAAUGAAUUCGCUAAUGAAAUUCAAACGGAGAAGCGUGGGAACCAACUGUUACUUCAUCUAAAGAAAGUGUGGACAGAUUUUUGUGCUGCAUUAUUUGUGGAAGCAAAGUGGUACAACAUGGGCUAUACACCAUCCUUGCAAGAAUAUCUAAGUAAUGCAUGGAUUUCAUCAUCCGGCUCUGUGAUUUUGGUGCAUGCAUUCUUUUGUAUAGAGCAUGAGGUAGAAGAGGAGUUCGAAAAUUUUAUCAAGAAAAACCAAGAUCUUGUGUAUAAUAUAUCUAUGAUAAUUCGACUUUGCAAUGAUCUGGGGACUUCAAAGGCUGAAAUAGAAAGAGGCGAUGCUCCUUCAUCAAUCAUGUGCUACAUGAGAGAAGAGAAUGUUUCAGAGGAAAUAGCUCGAAAGCACAUCAAAGGGAUGAUAAACAAAACGUGGGAGAAAAUAAAUGGGCAAUGCUUCACUACUCAAUUACCCAUGUUGCAGCCAUUUGUGAAUAUUGCCUCAAAUGCUGCUCGUGUGGCGCAUGGGCUUUACCAAGACGGAGAUGGAUUUGGUGUUCAAGACCGAGAGACUCGGACCAACAUCCGGUCUUUGCUAGUUGAACCUCUCACGCUCUACUAAGGAAAAAACAAAGAAAGAAAAUCUCGCAUCAAGAAAACCUGCAGUACUAU